AUGUCCGGCGGAUACGAAAGCUCGAGCCUGGCGCAGGAUGACGUGGUGAGGCUGCUCGCGACCUACACGCACAUCGGCACCACGAACGUCGACCACCAAAUGGAGCAGUACAUCUACGCACGACGCGCUGAUGGCACCCACAUCAUCAACUUGAAGCAAACCUGGGAGAAGCUGCUGCUGGCCGCCCGUGCCAUCGCAGCCGUCGAGAACCCAGCUGAUGUCGUCACGGAAGCUUCGUACGCCAACGUGCCGAUCAUCGCGUUCACCAACUCUGAUUCGCCGUUGAAGCUGAUCGACAUCGCCAUUCCGUGCAAUAACAAGGCCGCACAAGCUGUUGGUCUGAUGUGGUGGCUGCUCGCUCGCGAGGUGCUCAUUCUACGUGGCAAGGUGUCUCGUGAUGGACCGUUCCUGAUUGAGAACACCGAGAUCAUGCCGGAUCUCUACUUCUUCCGCGACCCAGCCGAGAUCGAGAAGGAGCAAGCCGCCGAAGAAUUCGAGGCCGGUCAACAAGAAGCCAUCACCACCGAGGUUCCACUCGACUUCACCGCUGCCCCGGAUAUCAAGGACUGGGCGGCCGAGGCCAACGCCGACAACUGGAAUGGCCAGCCGGCCGGUCAAGAAUGGGGACAAGCCCCCGCGGUCAACCAAUGG